AUGGCGACUGAGGUCGUUCUUGAUACAACCAUGGGUUCUGUAACGGUUGAGCUUUACACAGAUCAUGCGCCCAAGGCCUGCAAAAACUUCUCGACAUUGGCGCAGCGAGGCUACUAUAAUAACGUCAUAUUCCAUCGCAUAAUCCCUAAUUUCAUGGUCCAAACUGGCGACCCAACUGGAACAGGCCGAGGGGGAAGCUCGAUUUACGGCGAAAAAUUCGAAGACGAAAUAAGCACGUCCCUUAAACACACUGGAGCGGGAAUACUGAGUAUGGCAAACAGCGGGCCUAAUACUAAUGGCAGCCAGUUCUUUAUCACACUCGCGCCAACGCCUUGGUUGGAUGGCAAGCAUACAAUUUUCGGACGGGUUAAGACCGGGAUGAGAGUCGUUCAAAGGAUGGGUUUGGUGAAGACUGGAGCUGAGGAUAGGCCUGUGGACCAGGUUAAGAUACUGAAGGCUCGUGUAGUCGAAGCGGAGGAAGAGUGA